AUGCCUCCCAAGAGAGGACAAAACUACACAGAGAGAGUUAACAAACGACGUCGUGCCGCUGACAGCAGUGCCACUACAGACUCGGGGGUGCAGCCACAUCCAUCACGGCUUCAGCCAGUCCAGUUGCAGGAACCUUCAAAUGCUGCCCGGGCAACCCCACAGCUUACCCUUUCAGCAGAAGUAUUGGCAGUGCUGACAAAUUCCAUCUCAGCAGCAGUAUCAGAAGCACUGUUGACUGUUGCACAGCCCCUGCAACCUGCAACAACGGCAGCAGCAACGGCAUUCCCAGUCGCCCAUCCUUCAACAUCUGCAGCAGCGGCAGCAGUCCCGGAGGUGCAGUUUGUUCCCGAUCCCAUUUCAAUUUCAAGUGCAGAGGUGGUGAACAGAGGUUCAAGCGUUGUAGAAGCAAACCCCACCACUCCCAAUGCUGACCAGUCGGUCCUCAACACCGUCAACAAUGCAGUGCAGCAAGUGACAAGCUCCUUACUACCUGGUGCAGCACCUCAAAGUAAGAACACUUUUUUGUCAACUGCAGUGCCACUAACCCAUCGUGUACCCGAUAAGUUUAAAAAACAAAUAUGGUCCAACGAGUAUGUGGACUUUGCACUACUGUUGAAUAAUAGCUUUACUCACUCAGAUGAUCAUUAUACCUUCAGGGUAGAGAAAGGUGAUGGCGGCAAGCCAGCUUUAGUUUUAGCACCUAAUCCUAAGCGGCAGACGGUUCAAUCAAUUGAGCAGUGGGUCUCAGCCUUUGAGGUGUUUGUCGCCAUCUAUUCAGAAAAAGCCCCUUACGACACCCCGGCCCUCAUGAAGUAUGGGUCUGUCAUCCGAGAGUUAGCCUCUCAGGGAGCCAAUUGGAGGUUCUAUGAUGAGAAUUUCCGUAGCAUUAGGCAGACAGGGGGGCCCCUUGGGACCAAAUUCACUCUGAGCUAUGGCUGA